AUUAACAUUCAACAAUGCAUUAUCUACGAAAGUUUUAAAAUCUUUAUUCUCCAGAUUGGUCACAUGGGUUACUGCCUAAUCAUCAUGGCGUUUUAUUGGAUGACGGAAUGCCUUCCUUUGGCUGCUACAGCCCUCCUCCCUAUCCUUCUCUUCCCGCUCUUUGGUAUCCAGAAGUCAAAAGAUGUUUGUAGUAACUACCUCACAGAUACCAACACUGUCUUCUUCGGGGGAUUGAUGGUGGCUGCAGCUGUGGAACGCUGGAACCUGCACAAACGAAUCGCUCUUCGAGUUCUGAUGCUUGUUGGUGCUAAUCCUAGAAGGUUGAUGCUGGGCUUCAUGUUAACCACGGCUUUUUUAUCACUAUUCAUGUCCAACACGGCAACGACUGCGAUGAUGAGCCCCAUAGCUCAGGCUGUCCUCAACGAACUCAAAUCUAACAAACACAAUGAAGAGAUGGGAGAGGAAAUGGAAAAGAAUGGCGGAAAUUCAAAUGCAGUUGCUGCUGAGGGCUCAAAUGGAAAUAUUCAACAUGGUAUAGAAAAUGAUAUCCAACUUGAUGAUAUUGCAGAUGGUUGCAACAUCAUUAAAGAACUCGACGACGUGCCAACAUGCUUGAUGGAGACUGAAAAGGAAAACCGGGUUAUGAUGGAGAAUCGCAGCGAGCGGGGACAUCGUCUUCUCUGCAAGGGAAUAACUCUCUCCGUCCCAUAUGCAGCCGGCAUUGGUGGCAUAGCGACCCUGACGGCAACCGGUCCAAAUUUGGUACUUAAUCUGCUAGUUGAAACACUCUUUGGUUCCGAAUCCGGUCUUAACUACGGUACCUGGAUGAUGUUUGCGCUCCCUGGCAUGGUUGUCUGUCUUUUCAUCUGUUGGAUCUGGCUACAAAUUAUGUACCUUGAUUUCUUCUGUCUGGAGAGGAGUGAUAAGGAAGUCGGCAAAGAACAAGAAGAGAGAGCGAAAAUGGUGAUCCAGAAAAAUUACACGGCCCUUGGUAAAAUGUCGUUUGCUGAAUGGGCUAUUCUUGGUCAUUUGGUGGUCCUAGUCUGUCUUUGGCUGACGAGAGAACCCAAGUUUGUCAGUGGCUGGUCUAUAGGCUUCCUAAAAUGGUACGUCACAGAUGCUACUUCGGCUAUAUUCAUCUCCUUGCUACUCUUUGCCUUCCCAUCAAGGCUUCCUACAUUUUUGUGCCGAAGAAAUCGAGACGAUGAUCCAGGUGAUGAUGAAGAAGCCCAGAUAUCACCCCUGCUAACGUGGCCUAUCGUACAGGAGAAGGUAGCAUGGAAUAUUAUUAUUCUUAUUGGAGGUGGAAUGGCCCUUGCUGAUGGCUGUAAGGUAUCAGGACUCUCCACGUGGUUAGGAACGGAAUUGUCGGCGUUUUCUUCACUAACGCCUUUGGCAUUAUCUUUUAUCAUCUCAACAAUCGUAGCUAUCUUCACAGAGAUUUCAAGCAACACAGCUACCGCCACCAUUUUUCUACCCAUCUUUGCUGAAUUGGCCAUCGGUCUUGAAAUCAACCCGCUUUAUCUGAUGUUACCAGCAGUCAUUGCGUGCUCCUCCUCAUUUAUGUUACCAGUGGCUACCCCACCAAACGCCAUAGCAUUCGCACACGGCAACCUUUCAGUACUUGAUAUGGUGAAUGCUGGUAUAGUGAUGAAAAUCGUGUGCAUCCUGGUAUUCAGCCUUAGUAUCAAUACUCUAGGUGUCUGGAUCUUCGAUGUCAAUACUUUCCCUGCUUGGGCUAAUGCAACGACAUCUGUAACAACUUCCACGACAACAUAAUCGUCUCCAACACGAAGAGUUGAUCUGAUUGCAGGAAACAAGACCAACAUCUAACUAGACAGGAAGAUUAAUUUAUUAUCUGUUGCGAGAAAUUAGCAGAUCAAGGGCUUCUCCCAAGAUUCAAACUCAAUUUUCAGACACCCGCGCUUUUCAAAGAUUUAGGGUUCAGACGUCAGGCCGGCAUUAUGAGUACCGCAAUGCAAUCCACUUUUAGAGGGUUUCAUGGGUCCUCUCAACUGGUUUAUUUCCAAUUGGUCUAAUGCCAAUUCGUCCAAUUACUAACUCGUCUACUAUCAUCUGGUCUACCACCAGUUCGUCCAUUAUCCACAUGGUCUAAUUGCCAUUUCGUCCAAUCACCAUUUCGUCUAAUAUCCAGUUGGCCCAAUAGCCAUUUUAGUCCAUAUAGACCUUUAUCAUUUGGUUUAAUUGGAGUGUCAAUUGGGCUAAAUAAAUGAAAAUAAAGUGGAUAUUAGACCACUGGUUAUGAGACGAAAUGGUAAUAGACGAAUUGGUGAUUAGACGAAGUGAUUAUUGGACCAAAUGGUCAGUGGAUCGAAUGGUUGUUAGACGAAAUGUUGAUGGUCGGAAUGGCAUUAGACUAAAUGAAUGUAGACCAUGUGGUGAGUGGAAGAGUUAGCAGUAGACGAAUUGGCAAUUUACCCUGUCAACCCACCAGCCAGAUUGAAAGUUGAGAUCACAGGCUGAUGUCGAACUGUGCCUGUGUGGAGAUUUUUCUCCGUUUCUAGACCAUCCUAGUACAUUUUCUUUGUAUGCUCCCGACUCUUCAACUGAGGAUAGAUUUGUGGGUUAAUAAAUGUUAAAUAUAAAAACAGCAUUUAUCGCCGGCUUAGGCAUGGAUAUUUAUUUCAUAUUUUCGUGAAAAUCUUCGAAAUUCUGUUUGGAUUUCAGAAAAUCAGAGGAUUGUUUAACAUUCUAGUAAAUAAAAAAAAAUUGUACAUUAU